AUGCUGUCCUGGUGGUUGGGCGUUGGUGUGUUGGCGGUUUCCGCGCCGAUAGGCAGUGCAUUCGCUGUUCGACAGACUGAAUUCGAUCGGGAAUGCGUCGACCUGCUGUGUCCCGAAACAGCCUUUGAUAAUGGAGUUAAAAGUUUGGUAAAUGAAGACUCACUCAAUACGGAACAGUGUGUCGACUGUCAACAGUGCACUGCAAAUGGUUACAGCGUCUGUAUGGGAAUACGACCGACGCGUGCGAGUCGUAUCGAUGGGAACAAUCCAUGUUCGUGCUCCCAUUCUGUGCCAGCAAACUGCCACAAUCGACUCGAAGAGACAAAACAUCCAGCAAACAUCACUAUGAAACGAUAUAACGUAUGCUACCUGAGCGCUCUACAAGCUCCACCACGCCCACUAGCCGUCAGCGAGAAGACGUCAGUGAUUUUUACUAUUGACCCGUUCUGGUUGGAGCCUUAUUGGCGUCAGUUGACUCUAGAAAAUCUUACGUUCCACUACGAUUUCGCUGUAAAGUCACCGGAACACUGCGAAGGUACCGUAACCUCUUCGGAAGACGGUGUACAUUUAUGCAACAACGCGAUCUCGUUGAACAUGACAGUUCCUGGAGCGGAUGAAGAUGGAAAAGAAGAAGAAUAUGAGCACAGCGAAAACUACGAUCAAUACGAUGAAGACCUCCCAGAAGAGGUGGAGAUCGACCGGGAACUUUUCGGCGAUGCCACGGAAGUUCAGGUUUACUAUAUCGUCGAUGUGGACCGACCACGUCAACUUCAAGCCAAGACUCAUCCUGAUGAUAUGAUCCACGAUGUGAAGACAUCGGUAGAGUCUGAGAUUCUCAAAUAUGAUUUGAAGACAGAUGGGGUGACUCCUGCGAUACUUCCGACACCAACAGACACCGAAGAUGAAGAUGCAGAUGUAAGUGAAGAACAAGGAGGAACGGACUUUUUCGAAGAAGAAAAGCAGCGAGAAGACAAACAAGAGGAAGAGGAUGAGAACAAAGAUGACAAAAAGGAUGACGACAAAGAUGACGACAAGAAUGACGAUGGAGAUGUUGCCGAGUCAAAAACCGAUAAGGAUGAUAAGAACGAUGGAGAAAAGGACGACGAUGACAAGAUGAACGAAGAAGAAGAAAAAACUAUCGAGGCCAUAAUAUCAGGCAACGAUGACGACGAUGAAACCGACGGCAAUGAUGAAAACAAAAAGAACGACAAUGAAGACAAAGAUGACAGCAAACAUGAUGAUGAUGACGACGAUAAAGAACAGGACAAAGAUGGUGAUGAAGACGACAAAGAUCAGCAGAAAUCAGGAGAAGAUGGAGACGGUGAUGAUAACAAGGAUAAGGAUGAUGACAAUAACGAAGAAGAUAGUGCAGAUCCCACAAAAAUGAAACACCACGACCAAGAUGACAACGAUGACAACAAUGAUAGCGAUGAUGAAAAGGUAGGGCAAAAAUCAGGAGAGGAUAAUGCUGAGGAAAAUGACAGUCGUGAAGGAGAUGACAAUGAGGAUGACGAUGAACAAGAUGACGACGAUGAGGAUCUACCAUUUAUGGAGCAGAUUAUGAAAGACAAAGGAAUGUUGGCACGAUGGGUAUUCGGCGUCACGAUCGUCGUUUGCCUAGUAUUUAUUAUAGGCGUUUGCGCAUUCCGUAAGCGAUGUUGCUGUAAGAAGGAAACGAAAACCUCCAACGGGAACAAGUACAGUACUGUUCAUGGCGGUCAACGAAGCAAUGCACCACCCGAAAAGGAGCGACUCAAUCAAUGA